CAGGAACGAAAGGCUGAUGUGGCGGGAGGUCUGGUGGCGCUGGUACUAUGGCCAAAGCCUGUGAUCAUGGGACCGCAAAUGGCGCCUUCUUGUGCUGAUUCCACGACACUGCGCUCAGACAACAGCCAGGGCUUGGCAGGGCGCAUGGCACUGCCCCGGCGUUGGUAUGUUGCGGCAGCUUUCAACAUCACAAAUGGUUCCUGGGAUCCCACUGAGCUGGCUCGCAUCCAGAGUGGUAUUGCAGGAAAUGCACAAGAUGCAGAGGUGACCUUUCCUCGCCGUGGUGCAAUUCUGAGUCUACUGGACUUGGAGUUUGAUCGGAGCCUGCGAGCAAACUAUUUGUAUCGUAUAUGCUUGCGGCAACAGAACGUCCUGGGACGAGUUGGUAUCUCUUGCCAUCACUUGGAGGUAGUUGAAAAACCAAUCCCGCGCGUGGAACCAUUGGUCCCACCUGGCCCCUACACAAUUCCACGCUAUGGUCGGUGGUUGAACUUGGAGAUCAAGGCAGACCUUCCUGAGGGAUGUGUCGUUGGUGAUGCUCCCCUGCCAAUCAAUUUGGCAGACGAGGUUCCAGAAGCUUCGCAUGAUUUGACACUGGAGGAGCCCCUGAGUUUACUGCGUUCUGCUUGGGUGCAGGAUGCCUCAAUCCGCACAGUGUGGGGUCAGCAGGCGCCCAAUGUGCUGCCAGUCUCGCUAGCGUCACCACUUGGGAAGGAGAAAAGUGGCAACCGUAGCGUCAUCAGCCAGCUCUCGGUCGAACCUGGCACACUGGAAGGCUUGGCUAACGUCUAUGGAUGGUCCUGCGUCAACGCAUCCAAGAAUUCUUCAGGUCAUGAGGAGGUAUGCGGUUAUUACACUUUCGCAGUGCGGUUGGAAGACUUGGCGGCGCCAGAGCUCCCGAGGCCUGCGAGGCGGAUAAGCAGUACGGACGUGACUGAAGAGGC